AUGUCGUUAGUUAGUCUCUCGAUACAAGGCCGACCCUAUUUGGAGCUGCCCAUCCUGGAUCAGAUGCUGAAGUCCGAUUUUGCUAUCGUUGAAGGCGCACUGCGAAAUGUCAAUUUAAUCAUCGAACCACCGGCGGUCAGACGCGGCCAACAUGCCAUCGUACGCUGUCUCUAUGAUUUGGAAGGGACGCCACUCUACUCAGCCAAAUUUUAUCGCGGUCAAUUGGAGUUCUAUCGCUAUACACCUGGUGAAUUUCCGAAUACGAAAGUUUUCCCAUUUCCCGGCAUACAUGUCGAUGUGACCAAUUCGAAUGCAACGCAAGUGCUCAUCCGCAAUGUGGGCUUCGGAUUGUCCGGCAACUUCUCGUGCGAGGUGACAGCUGAUGCGCCACUUUUCUCAACAGCCACGGCCACGGGCAUUAUGCAGGUUGUUGAGUUGCCCGAAAAACGGCCACAAUUGUUCACCGAACAUACGCGCUAUGAACCGGGCGAUGUGUUGCGUGCCAAUUGCAGCACGCCACCUUCACGACCACGCGCCGAUUUGAAGUUCACAAUAAAUAAUAUGGUGGUAAGUUUCCAAAGAGCUAUGGCUUAUAAAAAAUAAGGCAUUCUAUAUAAAUUAGGGUCAGUCAAUAGCCCUGUAGCUAGCGCUGUAACCUAACUAUUAAAUUUUAUAAUUUACUAUAAACUUAAUUCAAUAAAUAAAUAAACAAAAAUAAAUUA